CCGCUCGCUCCCACUCCUCAACUUCAACCCCCCACGCCACUCGCCAACGCCUCCGCCGUCCACUCGCCUUCUCGCCGCCACUUGCUCUGCUCACCGCGAGCGCGUGCGUGCGUGCGCGCCCCCGGAGCGACGAUGGCCGCCGCACUGCCACCGUCGCCGCCCGCCGCCCUCGCGGCGCUGCUGCUCCUGGUGAUGCUUUCGCCGGCCGCGGCGCGCGUCCCUGGCGUGUACACCGGCGGCGACUGGCAGAGCGCGCACGCCACCUUCUACGGCGGCAGCGACGCCUCCGGCACCAUGGGCGGCGCGUGCGGGUACGGGAACCUGUACAGCCAGGGGUACGGGGUGAACAACGCGGCGCUGAGCACGGCGCUGUUCAACGAGGGGCAGAGGUGCGGCGCCUGCUUCGAGAUCCGGUGCGAGAACCAGCCUGGGUGGGCGUGGUGCCUCCCGGGGAGGCCGUCCAUCGUCGUCACCGCCACCAACUUCUGCCCGCCCAACUACGCGCUCCCCUCCGACGACGGCGGCUGGUGCAACCCGCCCCGCCCCCACUUCGACCUCGCCAUGCCCAUGUUCCUCCACAUGGCGCAGUACCGCGCCGGCAUCGUCCCCGUCUCCUACCGCCGGGUGGCGUGCCGGAAGUCGGGCGGGGUGCGGUUCACGAUCAACGGGUUCAGGUACUUCAACCUGGUGCUGAUCACGAACGUGGCGGGGGCGGGGGACCUGGUGCGGGCCAGCGUGAAGGGGUCCAGCACCGGGUGGAUGCCCAUGUCCCGCAACUGGGGCCAGAACUGGCAGUCCAACGCCAUCCUCGUCGGCCAGGCCCUCUCCUUCCGCGUCACCGCCAGCGACCGCCGCACCUCCACCUCCUGGAACGCCGCGCCGCAGAGCUGGCGCUUCGGGCAGACCUUCGAGGGCAAGAACUUCAGGGUCUAGUUGGCCUUCUUCUUCUCCGGCGCCGGCCGGCGCCAUGGGUGGGAGGUUCAUCGUCUUAUAUAUAAACGAGUACUACUACUACAUACUAGUGGGUGAGUAAUUACUACAGUGAGCGAGUGAGCGGUCUGUGUUGGUGUGUUUUUCCCGUCCUUGGUGCGUGGCCUGUGAAUGCAUAUGCAAGGUGCAAGCAGGUUGAUACCAGUAGCAGCAGUAAAAGUCUAGUCUUGAUUAGGGUAAAGAGGUGAUGGUUGCUGGGUACUGAAGUGUGGAGUGGUGGCUGAAGUGGCUGCAAAGCUGCAGCUGAAGAUGGGAGCGGCGAGUGUAGCCCGCAGCUGCUGCUUCUCCGGUGUCGUCCCGUCCCGUGUCGUGUCAUCUUUGUCUCCAUGGCACGCUGCUGGCUGUUACUAGUACUAUUUAUCAAUCGAUCAAUCAUGGACCUGAUUUAUAUGUCUA